AGUGGGAACGAGUGUUUCCUGGCCUCCUCCGCCGCCAUUCCCCGCAGGCCCACGGCUGGGUGAGGGGCGGCGGCGGGCGGGGGAGACCCGGGACGGUGAGUAGGGCGCCUCGGGGACACCCCGCCCCAGCCCUAACUCGACCCCGCGGACGGCCGUGAGUUGCCGGGGCUGGAGGCUCUGCUGCAGUGAGGGGGGCUCCCAGGGUGUCUGACUUGUGAAGCAAACCUACCGUGGUCUCCAUGGAAGAAAUAAGGAACUUGGCUGUGUUGUCCUGCCUCAGAGAACAAAUUCCAUAGCAGGCCUAGCCUGGGUUGCUGCCUUUGAAAGUGAGGGAAGGUUGGUGCAACAUCAACCACAACACAGCAUGGAAUUUCCAGAGAGGUCUUAUUUCAAAACUUUAUAAAGAACAAGAACCACAUGGACUUCUGCAAGGGAGAUUGAACUGGCCUGAGUGUGAGAGAAAGGAUAAUGUACGCCCAACCUGUAACUAACACCAAAGAGGCCAGGUGGCAGAAGAUCUUGUACGAGCGACAGCCCUUUCCUGAUAACUACGUGGACCGGCGCUUCCUGGAAGAGCUCCGGAAAAACAUCUAUGCCCGGAAAUACCAAUAUUGGGCUGUGGUAUUUGAGUCCAGUGUGGUGGUACAGCAGCUGUGCAGUGUCUGUGUUUUCGUGGUUAUCUGGUGGUAUAUGGACGAGGGUCUUCUGGCCCCCCAUUGGCUUUUUGGGACUGGCCUGGCUUCCUCACUGAUUGGCUAUGUUUUGUUUGAUCUCAUUGAUGGAGGUGAGGGACGGAAGAAGAGUAGGCGGACCCGGUGGGCUGACUUGAAGAGUGCCUUAGUCUUCAUUACUUUCACGUAUGGUUUUUCCCCAGUGCUGAAGACCCUGACAGAGUCUGUCAGCACUGACACCAUCUAUGCCAUGUCAGUCUUCAUGCUGUUAGGCCACCUCAUUUUCUUCGACUACGGUGCCAAUGCUGCCAUUGUUUCCAGCACACUGUCCUUGAACAUGGCCAUCUUUGCUUCUGUCUGCCUUGCCUCACGCCUGCCCCGGUCCCUGCAUGCCUUCAUCAUGGUGACAUUUGCCAUCCAGAUUUUUGCCCUGUGGCCCAUGUUACAGAAGAAACUGAAGGCAUGUACUCCUCGCAGCUACGUGGGAGUCACACUGCUUUUUGCGUUUUCAGCCCUGGGAGGCCUGCUGUCCAUUAGUGCUGUGGGAGCCAUCCUCUUUGCCCUUCUGCUGCUUUCCAUCUCAUGUCUUUGCCCUUUCUACCUCAUUCGCCUGCAGCUUUUUAAAGAAAACAUUCAUGGUCCUUGGGAUGAGGCUGAAAUCAAAGAAGACUUGUCCAGGUUCCUCAGCUGAGUUAGGGACCUCCAUUCCACUGUUAAGACAAGCUGAUAGGAUUGUGAACUAGUGUGUUCAGCUCUGCCAUCUUACAUCCUUUUCUUGUUUUAAUUUGGACUGAUGAGAAUAGUGCUUCAGGAUUAGGAUGGGUAGUUUUCCCGAAGGCCAAUUUGAUCGCUGUCACUGUCCCAAGGACACUGGCCGAUGGGGAGAGAAGGAUUUUGGAGAGUGACUUGCGGAGCUCAAAGCAUCCACCUCCUGGCUAUGUGGGGUUUAUCCUUCUCAUGCCCAGAGAGUGGUCAGAACUGGCUCAUAAUUAUUUUAUAGUCCACAUCAGGAACAGGGCCAGGAGUUAGUGAUUGAAGGUAGUAAAGAGUUGUAUAAAAUUGUGCUUUUGUUUUUUAUGUUUUAAUAUAUUUGCCUUAUUUGUAUGGGUUUCCAAUUACCAACUUUAGGGAACUCACAUAGCAACUGCAUCCAUGUCAGUGAGCAAAAAGGUCCCCCAAUUUUUUUCUUUUUUAUUGAGUUAUUUUAGAUUACAAUCUUGUGAAAUUUCAGUUGUACAUUAAUGUUUGUCAGUCAUGUUGUAGGUGCACCACUUCACCCUUUGUGCUCACC